AUGUCAUCAGCCUAUCAAACACUUGAGCACGACGUGCCGCAGUCUUAUCGCGACAAGAUCCUCAAGUGGAACGGCUGGGGAUACAAUGAUUCGCAAUUCGCCAUCAACAAGGAUGGUCAUGUGACGUUUACCGGAGAUAAAUACGACAUCUCCGGCAAAGUGAUGCCCCACUUCCGUCCAUGGUUCGAGAACUAUCUCGGAAUCGACCUCAACUACGUCAGCCCAGCUCAGAAGCUCUCCGACGUCGUCAUCGACGCACCAGUGGAGAACGAGGAUCUUAUCGAUUUCCUCAAAGAGAACAAUAUCUCCUUCUCAAACUCGGCUCGCAUCCGUUUGAUGCGCGCUCAUGGCCACACUGUUCACGAUAUGGUCAACUUGAGAGAGGGAAAGAUUCCACGUCUUCCAGACGUCGUCGUUUGGCCAAAGACCGAACAAGAGAUCGUCAAGAUUAUUGAGGGGGCAAUGAGCCAUAAUUGUGCGAUUAUUCCAAUUGGAGGUGGUACGUCGGUGACGAACGCUUUGGACACCCCAGUCACCGAGAAACGAAUGGUUAUCUCGUUGGAUAUGGCGCUGUUGGAUAAGAUUCUCUGGAUUGAUCGCGAGAAUUUGACAUGCAGAGCUCAGGCUGGAAUCGUUGGACAAUCAUUGGAGAGGCAGCUCAACAAGAAGGGUUUUACUUGUGGUCAUGAACCGGAUUCUAUCGAAUUCUCGACACUUGGAGGAUGGGUGUCGACUAGAGCCAGUGGAAUGAAGAAGAAUAAGUACGGAAACAUCGAGGACCUAAUCGUCCAUCUCAACUUUGUCUGCCCAAAAGGAAUCAUCCAAAAACAAUGCCAAGUACCUCGCAUGUCUUGCGGCCCCGACAUUCAUCAAGUUAUCCUCGGAUCGGAAGGAACCUUCGGUGUCGUUUCCGAAGUCACCAUGAAGAUCUUCCCCCUCCCCGAAGUCAAGAGAUACGGUAGUUUCGUGUUUCCCAACUUCGAGAGCGGUGUCAACUUUUUCCGUGACGUCGCCAGACUACGCAUUCAACCCGCCUCGCUUCGUCUCAUGGAUAACGAUCAAUUCGUGAUGGGACAGGCGUUGAAGGUGGCUUCUGAUUCGUGGUGGGCUAGUUUGAAGAGCUCGGUGAGCAAGAUGUACAUCACUUCGUGGAAGGGAUUCAAGGUUGAUGAGAUUUGCGCGGCCACAUGUGUCUAUGAGGGAAGUCGCGAGGAGGUGGAUCAACAGGAGGAGAGGCUGAAUAAGUUGGCUGCUGAAUUUCAUGGAGUUGUUGGAGGAGAAGAGAAUGGACAGUAUGGGUAUAGGCUCACUUUUGCUAUCGCCUAUUUGAGAGACCUCGGAAUGAACCAUGGCGUCCUUGGAGAGUCCUUCGAAACCUCCGUCCCAUGGGACAAAGUUCUAAGCCUCUGCAGAAACGUCAAGGAGCUCAUGAGACGUGAAGCCAAGGCUCAGGGAGUCAAGCAUCCAGUGUUGGCGAGUUGUCGAGUGACACAAGUGUACGAUGCCGGUGCAUGCGUUUACUUUUACUUUGGUUUCAACGCAAGAGGACUGGCAGAUGGUAUGCAUGUCUACGAUCGUAUUGAGACAGCUGCUCGCGAUGAGAUCAUCGCCUGCGGCGGAUCAAUUUCCCAUCAUCACGGCGUCGGAAAAAUCCGAAAACAGUGGAUGCUGACGACGAAUGGAGCUGUCGGAAUUGCUCUUUUGAAGGCAAUCAAAUCCGAGCUGGAUCCGGCCAACAUUUUUGCCAACGCUAACUUGAUUGAUAUUAUUGGAUCGCCGCAUUGCAAGUUGUAA